AGUAAGUUCUGUGGAACGUAUCCAUCACCUGUCACCACUAUUGUCACAUUUGUUGAAUGGAAAAGAAAUUCGUUGGUUUAUGUUAAUCAUUGAAAAAUUCAAAUUAUUAAAACAAUCUUCAGGAUUCAUUAUAGCGGAAAAAUGAGUGAAUUUCAAACAUUAAAUACCGAUUCAGAAAGGGAAAGACAACAGAGCGAGAGUAGUGACACAGAGUAUGAUCCUCAAUUUAAACCUAUUAUCAGUUUGCCAGAAGUAGAAAUUUCCACGAACGAGGAAAAUGAAAUCGAAUUACUAAACAUACGAGCUAAGCUGUACAGAUAUGAUACUUCCGAGCCAAGUGGUGAAUGGAAAGAAAGGGGAACGGGAGAACUGAAACUACUACAACAUAAAGAAACACACACAGUGCGUGUUGUAAUGCGUAGAGACAAAACUUUGAAAGUUUGUGCCAAUCAUUUCAUCACUCCAUGGAUGGUAUUGAAACCUAGCAAAGGUAGUGAUAAGGCAUUUGUUUAUACAGUAAUGGUUGAUUUUGCUGAUGAAAAACCAACUUCUGAAUGUUUAGCUAUUAAGUUUGGAACAGUUGAUAAUGCAAAUUUAUUCAAAGAGAAGUUUGAAGAAGCUAAAAAAAUUGUAGAAAGCCAAUGUGAGCUGUACAAUUCUCAAAAUAAUCAAGAAUCGCAAGAAAAUAAUUCAUUAGUAAAUAGUGCUGACGAAAGUAAAAAUAAUGAGUCUGAUGAAAAAGAAUGUGCGGACUUGACAAAACAAAUAGGUGAAUUGGAUGUGAAAAAUAAAGAGGAAAAGUAAAUUUUUUGAUAGGCAUUUUAGAUUAAACCACACUCCAAUCCAUGUUUCUAUUUUUGACAGUUAAUUGAUAAUAUUAAAUUUUUUUAUUUAAAUAAUUCCCAUUCUGACGCUCAUUUAACAGAAUACCAUUUAAUUUUACCUCAAAGUAUACUUGUGUAAAUAGUUAUUCAUAUCAUUCAUUUUGAUGAAUUGUUAUAUAUGAAAUAUGCAUGAUAAACUUUGACAGAUAUUAAAAUAUUUAUACUUUAUAAUCAUUCACAUAUUUGGACUGUUUUUGGCUUAUAUUUCAUAUUUAUUCAAUUAUAUUAUGGCAGAAACAAAUCAGGUUUGCUCAAAUUAUGCUAAUAACCCCUUAUUAGUUUUUUGAAAAUUCUUCAUCAGCUACUUAUUUAAACUUUCACACCAAAGUAUACUUGAGUAAAUAAUCUCUAUUUUACUUAUUUUGAUAAAUUCUCUGAUAAUAAACCUAAAUAAAAUUAAAUUAUUUGAAAGUUUGUAAUGAACAUUGGAUUUCAUACACUUUCAAUUGAAAUAUUGACGAAAGCAAAUCAUAAUAUAUCGUCGGCUUAAAUCGCAAAUGGCUUAUCUCCAAAAACAUAAAUUAUUCAGGGGAGAGAAAAAACUCCCUUAAAAAUAAAAUACAACAUGUAAGUUUUGAUGACAACGUCUAUAUUUUUUCUCAAAGUUAUUAAACACACAAAAAAUGCAAAAAAAUACAUUUUAAUAAAAAAAUCGCGAGUUGGGCACUUUGCGCUCUUAAAAUAUAUAACCAAAAGGACAUAGACAAUAACUUUUUUGACUUAAAAAGUUA